UCGCUUUGUGGUGAAUUUCUCUUCAAGAGUGGAAUGGUGGUGAUUUUUGUGUAGUGUAAAUUUUUAUUUUUGUGUCGCUGUUUUUGUGUGCAAAAAAUGCAAUUCCCCGCAAAAGUUCCCCACUAAACACCCCCUUGGUGCCCCCAGGAAGCAAUAAAUGCCCACAGACGCCGAAAAAAGGGCUCGGAAGCUGUGAAAAUUGUGCAUUUAUGGUGUCACCGUGUGUUAUGAGUCCCCAUUAGCUGGAUUUUUUUUAAAGUGAAUUUUCCGUGAAAAUAGACAUAAAGGCGGGACUUCCGGACUUUGGGGCUCGUGUACGGUGUGCGGGGGCUCGUGUGGUGGUGUCGGUACAUCCGCACGGGGGCUAACAGUGCAGCCACGGAGGGGGCGCGUGUGUGGGAAGUUGAGUGAAUGCAUUGAGGUGGAAAGUUGGUGCAUCUCCGAGGGAGGCACGUCGCGAGAAGAAAAUGGAUGCAACAGUGGAGAAACUUCCGCUCAUUGACAUAGCCACGGUGGCUGAUGCCCCACCGGUGGCGGAGGCUGCUGCGAAGGAGCUGGAGAAGCGGGAAAAGGUCACGGAGGACGUGACGCCUGAUGUGGCGGCUGCGGCGGCGAUAAAUCCGGAGCAGACGCAGACGGGAAGUGCGGCGGGGAGUCCAAAAGGCGCGGAAGUCGAGGAGGUGGAGGCCAGUGAACCCCAACAGUGCACUACUUCACCGGAAAAUGGUGCAGAGGCGUCACCGGCUGUGCCAGACGACGACGUUAAAGCUCCGCCGCCGCAGGAGGAGGAGGAGGUUCAGUCAAAAGUUCAGCAGGAUGACGACGUGAGGCCAAACAAUGGAGGAACAGCAGAAGCAGCAGCAGCAGCAACAUCAGCUGGUGGUGAAAGUGAAAAUGGGGAUGUGCCAAAGAGUAGUGAUGAAGGUGCUCCCAAUGCAAAGGAAGAAGCGGAAGCAGAGCAGGAGGAGGAAGAAGAAGUCAAAGUUCCCCGUCAGAAGGAGGAGCGUCCGGAUGUGGAGAUGCAGCAGCAGAAGCAAAAUAAUGGACGCGAAGUGAUGAUGCCAAAGCGAAAAUUGGUGGACGUGCAACCCGUGAAAAUGAUGAGGAUUCGCAGCUGGAAGAGUUCAGCGACAAUUCUCAAAAAGCGCAGCAUUAAAUGGCUAAACAAGAAUAAAUAUCAACUUGGACGUGAGAGGAAUGCCUUUGAGCGACAAAAGGAUGCUGCUGAUGUGCUCAAGGAGGGCUCAAUGGCGUCAUUUGGCUAUGAGAUGUUCACGGGGAGUGGUGGGAGUGACGGUGGGGGCGUUGGGAAGAAGGUGAAGGGUGCAAAUGGGGGUGAGGAAGGAGAUGAUGCAGAUGAGGAGGAAGUGGAUGAGGAUGAGGAAGAGGAUGAGGAGGAGGAAGAGGAGGAUUUCGAAGUGAUGGAGAAUCAGGCAAAACGCUCCCGAAUGGAUGAUGAGGAUGACGAUGUGGAGAUUGUUGUGACAAAGAAGCGCGAUGGGGGGACGGAGAAAGUGUUCUGUGAUAGGAAGAAUGGGAAGAAGGGUGGCAGUAGCAAUGAUGACGUGAUGACCACAAAGAGGGGAGCAAUCUCCCCGUCAUCCCAUCACCAACAGCAGCAGCAGCAGCAGGGAGAUCAUCCGGUGGCCAAAGGGAACGAAGCACCUGACAAAGGGAAGCAGAAGCGCGAUGGGAAGUUACCAAGUAAUGCAGCAGCAGCAGCAGCAACACAAACACAUCUCGAUGAUCCAACAAAGAAGCUUUGCUUGGAGUUGGAGAUGAAUUUUGCAUCGCAUGACAAAAUGCUCACGGAUUACAUUGAGGGGACGGCAAAUGAGAGCGUGGGCGGCAUUCAGCGCCACGUGGAGCAACUUAUUGUGGAAAUACAAACACUGAGCGACAUGAUACGUGCCAAGGAGAUGGAAUGGAAUAAUAUGUUGCACCUGAAGAAGGUCAAGGAAGAGAUUGUGGCGCGUCUGACAAGGAGGCGGCACGUCAUGGAGUUUGCUUCGGCCAAAUUUGGGAUGACGCCACUCGACUACGGGGCAUUCGGGGGUGAAUCGAAAGGGGAUGAUUCCAUUACGAAACUCACGCAGGCUCUCCUCAGUAGAGCAGGAAUGGCUGAUGGGACACACAAAGGCAAUUCCACUUCUGCAGAAGCCAGAAAUUCGCAACAUUUGAAGUCAAACGACGGCAAUUCCUCCUCCCUUUUGGCCGCCUUUGGGGCAUCUGCCGCGGGGGUUGGUGGUGAUUUGGGGGCACAUACACGUUCUUCCGGCAGCGAUGGGGGCUUAACGGCCGCCCAGGCGACUGCCUUUGCGAAUGAUCUCUUCAAUGGGCACAACACGCGAUUGACGCAGCAAAUGGGGCGGCAGGGUGCAAUAAAGGAUGUGAAGAGUAUUAUUGCGGACUACCGGCAGCGACAUCCGGAGGUGGUGCCACGCCGGGGGCGACGGAUGAAGCCACUCACGGGCGGGGAGAUGAGCAGCAGCAAGGAGGGUGGGGGGAAUUCGCGCCCAUCCAGUGCUGAUUCGAGUCACAGCAAUGCCACAAAUAGUAACUUUGCAACGUCUUCCGGGCAUGCGGCUACGCAAUCCGGAGGAGCCCCCACGGGGAGUCUCUCCUUCAAGGAUGUCCUCGUGCAAUUUGCAAAGCUCAGUCAGAGUGACCGGCAGAUGAUCUCAACGGCCACCGAGGGGGUUGGGGGUACGGGUGGGGGUGGCGGCUCCAAAGCACCCCCACCGUACCCCGAAGUAACACUGUACCCGGUGAGCAGUCAAUCGGCAGCAGCUGCCAAUGAGCAGAUGAUGCUCAAUAAUGCCAAUAAUUCCCACUCAAAUUCCCUCCUGCACGGGAUACUCACGAAGAGCACAUCGCGCCCCAAUGCAGCGGGAUUCACGUCCUUCUCGCCCACCUUGGCGCGCCUCCUCACAGCUCCGGAGCGAAUAACAAACCCCCAAACGGGUGGCGGGGGUGGUGGCGCACAGUUCCAGCAACAACUCAAUCCAGCACUCAAUCUCUCCAAAUCUCACAGUGAAAUCACAAUAACGCCCGUUGUGAGUCAAACUAAUCUCCAGCAGAGUCUCCUGCAGCAGCAGCAGCAGCAGCAGAGAUUUGAGAAUUGCAACUCCUCAUCCGGUGGUGUGCAGAUUCGCAUGAAGCAGGAGAAUGUCUUCAAUAUUGACGACGAGGCGGAUGAUUCAGCGGACAGGCUGGUGAUUGACGAGGGGGGCGGCGAGAGGAAUGCAAUGGACACAAGUGGGGGGAAGGAGCAACAAAUCAGCAUUGUCGGGCAGGAAUUCCAUGAGAAUGAGGUGCCAGAGUGUCAGGGAUGCAAGAAGAGGGAGGCACAAUUUGUCUGUGCUGGCUGUGGGAAUCAAUGGUACUGCAGCCGGGAAUGUCAGGUAAAAAUCUUUUUUUUUAAAUUAUUUUUUGUUCUUUUCCUGUAGCUGAGACACAUUUUUGUGGUAGAAAUUUUUUUCAGUCGAGACACAUUUUGUGCUAUAAACAAUUAAAGUUAUAGUUUAGACGGUUUAAACGCCAUCUGUACUAAAAAAAACCUAAAAUUUGCAGUCGAGAAAUAUUUUUGCGGUAUAAAAAAUUUAAAAAUUGCAGUUGAGACACAUUUUGUGCUAUAAAAAAGAUAAAUUUGUAUCUCAUAGACAUUUUGUCCUAUAAAAAAUCAAAGUUAUAGUUCAGACGAUUUUAACACAAUAUGUACCUACUAAAAAACUAAAUUUUGCAGUCGAGACACUUUUUGUGCUAUAAAAAAGAUUAAUUUGUAUCUCAUACACAUUUUAUGCUAUAAAACAUUUAAGUUCAAAAAAAUAAACUAAACUUACUAAUAUUUAAGUUCAGAGAGUUUAAACACAAUCUAUACAAAAAAAAAACAAAAAAUUACAGUAGGAGUCACAUUUUGUCCGAUAGAUCCUAUAAAUAGUUGAGUUUAUGCUUCAAAUAUUAAAAAAAUGCAGUAGGUUCUGCAGAGUGCAAAUUCCUUUGUCGAAACUCAUAAAUUAAAUUUUUACCUGAAACACAUUUCGUCCUAUAAAAAAUAUGAAUUUAUGGUUCGAAUGAUUCAAAUACAUUCCUUGCUUAAAAUAUUGUAGAUUUCUUGCUCGAAACACAUUUCGCGGUAAACAAAUGAAACUCUGCAAUGAAGACAUAUUUUGUGCUAUAAUAAAAAUAAUUUGUUAGCUAAGACUCAAAUUUUACUAUAAUAAUUAAAUUCAACAGUUACAUUUUGUGGUACUUUCUAUAUAAAAAAAAAGAAUUUAUGGUUUAAGUAUAUUUUGUGAAAAGAAAACAAAUAUUCCGUAGUCAAGACACGUGUUAGAGGUUUAGACACAUAUUUUUGUUAUAAAAAAAAAACAAA